CAGCAGCAGCGGCACCUCACUCGACUCUGCCUAGCCCCGCCCCCAUCUCUCUCUCUCUCUCUCUCUCUCUCUCUCUCUCUCUCUCUCUCUCUCUCUCUCUCAUCCGGAAAUACAAAAAGGUACGCCUUGCAGGCCAGGCCGGCCAGCCAAUCAGGGCUCGAUUGGCCGGAAACGGAAAAGACCGCGCGCCGUUGCUACGAUUGUGAGGUUUUCGCGAGGGACAAUGUGUUUCGCCCCCCCAAACACCACGGUUUGUUUUUUUUUAAAGAGAGGGGGGUUUGUGGAGGAGGUGGAAAAUGUCCAUAUCUGACAUGGAGGCGGUGGCUUCUUAGGGCACGUCUUAUGAACUCGAAGCGCUAUUGGCGAAAGGGGUAGUAAGGGGGAGGUUGAUUGGUUAAGGAGCGCGUGCGUGGGCUGGUGAGGCUAGUAAGUGCGGGGGCUGAGAGGAGGUGAGACGGAGGUAAGAAGGGAAGGGGAUGUAAUAUAGUGUUUUUCUUGCGCCAGUGACGGAUCCCGCUUGGAGGAAAAGGUGAGUGUCGGUGUUUGCGGAGAUGAGGCGGGUGGAGAUUAGGGGGGUGGUCUUUAACGAGAGCAAAAGCGAAGUGCGUCACGUAUGCAGGGGAUGAGGGUUUGGGUGGGUGUCUGUGGGUGCGCUAUUAAGGAGGGAGCAAAUGCACCUCUGGCAGAGCCUGCGCCUUCUAGCAUGCGCCACGCGCGCAGGGUCUUCCUAGUUUAGUGGCAUUUCGCAUCUCCCGUUUGGUGUCCUGGGGGAGACUUCCGGUCAGCUUUUGCACGAGCCUAGAGCUGCGAUCCUAGCAGGAUUUGCUUGGCGGUAAGUCCCACUGAAUUCUAUGAGGCUGUCGCUAAGGUAAGCGGGGUUAGGAAUGCAGCAUCGAUCUGUUUUAUGCCGCUGGUGCUGCUUCUGCAGCGGCUGCUCUCAGUAUUUUUUUAGAUGCGUUUGCAGAAAAUGUUUUAUGCUUGCAAACAUUUUUUUUGUUUUGUUUUAAUAUGUUGUGAGCAACCUUGGAAGAGGGUAAGCAGUGAAAUAUUUUUGGACCUGCACUGGGUAGACCCAGGUGCAAAUCCCCACUCAGCGACUGGCCUAGUGAAAGCUUUUUAGCUAUCUCCUCUGAGACUAGGCUAUUUCAUGUUAAUUCCUGAGGGCUUUUUGUCCAGAAAGUUCAGCUGAAGCAGAAUGCUUGUAGGGGCUAGGCAGUUUUAUCUUAUCUCGCCGAUUUUUCACCGGUUGCAUUGGUUACCCGUUUCCAGACGGUUAGCCAUGUUAGUCUGUUGCAGUAAAAAUAGCAGAGUCUUGUGACACCUUGUGGCAAAGACUAACACUUAUGGCGUAAGUGUUUGUGGACUGCAGUCUACUUUAUUAGAUGCAAGACUACUUUAUUAGAUGCACAUCUGAAAUUCAGGUAUAUAUCCACAUGGUUUAAGGAAGGAAUUGUGCACAGUGUGAUCGGAGAGAAAUGAAAUGCAGAAAGUACAGAUAUGCUGAUAAUUACAUAAUUGGCAAUGGUAAUUCACAAAACAAUUGCAGAUAAUGCAGACAGAUGGUUACUUAUACGGUUCAAGGUUCAACUUGCACAUAGUUGUAUGUAUGUACACCUUCCUAGAAGUAUGCCCUGUUGAUUUCUCCGGGGCAUAAAUCCAGAUAAGGAUUGCAUUUGACAGACCACUUACGGUACUCCUAUACGAACCUGCUCAGGUGCUAAGAGCAGUCCUGCAUUCUGGUCCAUCACAAUGGUCAAACAGGCCAGUAGCCUGAUGUCUGUAUCAGGGAGAAUGCCUUUUCAGUGGUGGCACUGUAUUUGUGAAAUUGCCUCCCCCCCCUUCCCCAAUCUAUUGUGGCUUUUAAGUAGUCCCCUUAUUUUUCCAAGCUUUUUAUAGAUCUUAUUGCUGCCUGUGUUUGACAAGUUGUUUUUGUUUAACAUUUUUUAUUUUUAGGCUUUCAGAGGGCUUGUUCUGCAGGGGCGAAUAGAAAUAUGUUAAUUGAGAUUGUUGUGAGGAUGAAAUGGGAAGGUGGGAAAAACCAUGUCACCCUGGAGAAAAGAAGGGAUAUAAAUGUAAUGAAUCUCCACAGAUGUUAGAAUAGUAGGAGUGCAGUGUUAUUAGGACAGGGGUCCCUGCCUCAGAAUCCUUGCUAUACUGGUCUAAUCAUAGAUCACAGUAAUGGAUCGUUGUAAGCCAUUUUCCUGCCUCCCCACCCAUCCCAAUCUGCAAUUUGGGUAUACUAACAAUGGACAAUGUUACAGAUUUGUCAUUGGUUUUCCUUCUUCCACCCCCCACUUCCAGCCCUGAAUGAGUAUUUUGGCUUACAGGAUAUGUAUACACACCCCAUCUGUGGGAUGGGAAAAAUAAUAUUGGAAAUUUUAUCAUUCCUAGCCCACUGCAGUUAAUGUCUGCAGGGCAGCUAAUGAAAAAUUCAUUUAUUUUUCACACAAGAAGACGCAUGCAUGCUUUUCUGUCUUUUGGGGAGCAGGACUGGGGGCAGACAUAAUGUGACCGCCAAGUCUUGUGCUACAUUGUUACUGAUGAGCAGAUGUCGCUAUUACCACUUAAACAAUCUGUUGGUUUGUUAAAGUGUCACAAGACUUUUUGUUCUCUUUUCUUCACUGAGGUACAGCCAAGUCUUCAAAAAUAACCAGGAAAUCUGGAUUGCAAGCAAAAAACUGCCCCCACGUGAAAUUUGUUUUAAAUUUGGGUGGGGUUUUGGUGGUGUGUAGUUUUGAAACAUUCAUGGUCUAAAUACCUAAUCUUUGUCUAUUUUAUGUAACUUUGUGGUUUAUAUAGUGCCUUAUUGCCACAUAUAUGAAUUUUAUUAAACAAAAAUAAAUAAACCACUUGAUGGGGGGAACGAACCAAAUAAACUCAAAGGAGUUUACAAAAAUUGACUUGUUUGCCAUAUAAUCUACUGCAGAAUCUUUGUGUCUCUCUGUGUGUGUGUGUGUGUGUGUGUGUGUGUGUGUGUGUGUGUGUGUGUGUGUGUCAGGGUAGAGAUGUGGUGCCUUUGGCCCUGCAGAUGUUGCUGGAGUAAAAUUUCCAUCAUUCUUUAUGACUGACCAGGACUAGAGAGUCGGCCAAAUUAAACUUUUAUUGCUUAUCACCAAAGGCCUUUGCAGAAAUUCAGACAGGCUGAAGAGUGUACAGUAAAUCAUGUUUGCCAAUGCAGGUACUAAAAAUAUUUAAUGAGAGCCAGAAUCAAUUAUUUAAAAAGCAAGAAAAACAAACAGUAAAAACAAGGGAUGAAAAUGCAGUAAAAUAAUAAACUGUCAUCAAAUCAUGGCAUUACCAUGACAAUUUAUAGCUAUCUCUGAAAGCACUAUUUGCACUCACUGCUGCAAAGAUCCAAACAUAAAAAAGACACAAUAUAAAUCUUUGAAUGCUGACGAUAUAGCUCUUUACCCUGGCCUUUGACAUUCUAGUUGGCAGAGUCCUACUCAGAGUAGACCCAUUGAAAUAACGAAUGUAAGUUAUCCUUGUCCAUAGUGAUGUGAGAUGAGAAUAUUCUCCAAAAGCUGUAAAUUCUGUGUCGUCUACACAGCUGCUUUAAAUGUGCAUACCUCAUUAAUUGAGAAUAUUCUUGAGAAUAUUCUCCAAAAGAUUAUUCUCUAGAAUAAAUUAUUAUUAUUAUUAUUGUCCAAAAGCUACAAUAACAAAAUGUGUCGUAUUCAGUCUUUUACUACUCAGAACAGACCUAUUGAAGUUAAUAGAAAUGGCUAAUUUAAGUUUAUUAAUUUCACUGGAUCUACUUUGAGCAGGACUUAGUUGACCACAUCCCUAUAUUUCUAGGGCCUGCUCUGGUUAUGAUAGUAAAUUGUUCUAAACUCUUUUAAUGUUGCACUUUACAUUAGUGGAACCCUGCCUUGGACUUUCUAGUGAAAAGCAAGUAAUUAAUGAUGAUAAUAUCUGGCAAUAAACAAAGUAUGUUUUCUAGGAUGGUUUUGUUUGUUUGUAAUCCCAAUAAAAUAGUAUCUAGAAUCCUUAAAACAGGAUUCCAGGCCUAAAGAACAGAAUUAAAAGUAGUGAUUGCAUGAAAGUAUCUACAUUGAGCCAGAAAAGCUUUGCCUGAGUUUAGCAGAUGUAAGACUUAACCAAACUGGCAACUCUACCAUGGUCAUUUUUUUACUCUACCAUGGUAAUUCUUUACCUUAGAGCAUUAAUUUUAUCAGAUGAGAUUGACAUCUCUGUUGAGGUGACCAAAGUGUAUGUAGAAACAUAUUAAGAUCUGAGUAUCUUCUGAUAUCUGGAAACCCAGUCCUUGCAAUUCAGUAUCAAUUUAGACAGAUUUUAUUUUUAGUAAACCAAUUUAUAGACUGUGACACAAAGCAUAAAAACAGAACGAAACACAGAAGCAUAAACUGAAAAACAACAGAAACCUUUUACCAGGUAUAAAAUUUAUCUUUCAUAAAUGACUGGGUUACACCUUGGGGAAAGCCUUCCUAAACAAAAAUGUCUUCAGAAGGCGCCUACACAGCCCCAUGCUAGGCAUCUGUAUGACUUCAUCUGUGUGAUUUCAGCUGGUCAUCGGUUCCAGAGAGCUGAAGCUGCUGACACUAAAAGCCUGUUAAAUCUAUCUGAAGAAUUGUCCAUAAUUAUAACAAUAAAUUAUAGCAUUAUGGUUACUGGAUGAGACUGAAGAAAGUUGUAUUUCUGAAUGAAUUAGGAGUAGUAGGGCAGAGCCAACAAUUUCUUCAAGAAACUGUUCUGUAAAGAUUCCAGCUUCAACGUUUGGGAAACAUCCCAGCCCUGUACUUUAUUUAUUAUUCCAUUGUGUAUGCUGCUUCUGCACACGUUUGCCCAAAGUAGCUCCCAAUGUGACAGCAAAAAACACAGAACAAUGCAUCAUUACUAUAACAGUCUAAAUGCUAACUCAUUUCAAAACAGAAUAUGCCAAUCCGAAUAAAUAGAUCACUUUUGAUGAUAUGGAUAUUAUAACAUUCUAAACUAAUUAUAAAAUAAAUGAUCAAGCACAUGUAUCAGUUAACAUCAGUGAGCUGAACUAUAUCAACCAGAAUCAGCUUGGAUAAACAUUUCCAAUUCAAUCAAUUAUUAGCAAUGAUACAACCAGCACACCUUCCGUGGCAGUACUAACAAAUAAAGAGCAUAACAUUUUUUUAUAGAAGUUAAAAAUUAAAGUGCACACAUUUCCUAGCAACGCAGAAAUUGCCUCUCAUUAAUCCUUGCAGGGAGCCACUCUUCAGUCGACAAUAGAUACUUCAGCCCUAUACAAAAUCAGCUCUAUAAAAAAAUCUGAGUCAUUACCUUGUUUUGAAACCACUUUAAAGCAGGGUCUAUUAGAACACCCCUUUCUAUACAAAAACAGUUUAAUAUGGUGUCCAAAGUUGUAGAAGCUGAAACAUCUCUCUACAAAUUUCCCAAGAAAAUGUAUCAUUAAACUGAAUUCUGAAUUUCUAGGCAUUUAAAUUCACCUCUUAGGUCAAUCAGUUACUCAUAUGUUUACAGUUAGAGUUUCUGGUGUCUCUUUCCAAAUACCACAGCCUUGCUUUUUGGGUACUUUAGGGUUUUUUAACUGCCUUCUUAAACCUACACGCGUAUGAGAGAGAAGAUGAAUAUUUCAGAGCAAUUGCCAUUUAAAAAAAUCUCUGAGAGAAUCUACCCUGGCACUUGGCAAGAGUAGAUAACUAUGGAAAGCUGACUGUCCAAACCCAAAGAUGGAUGUCCUCCCUCUUUGCAUUUACUGGCACUUGAAGAUGGUGAGUGUUGGAGUCCCAGCAACAUGUGGCAGACCAUAGGUUCCUCAUCGCUAUUUUGGGCCUGGUCUAAAGCUGACAUUGCCUACCUUUUUGAGCCCACCGGCACGUUUGCAAUUUUGAAUGGAUACCACCUCUUCUAGUUGCAUUCUUUCUCCCCUCCCCUGGAGGUCACUACAUAAAAGAGAGCAAGUGUGCACACAGAUUAUUUGUUUUUACAUAGGGUGUGGGUCAGGGGUCUGCAACCUUUAAGACAAAAAGAGCCACUUGGACCCGUUUCUGAAGGAAAAAAAAAACUGGGAGCCGCAAAACUCGUCAUUAUAAGAAUAACUUUUUUGUCACUUUUUUAUUAUUUCUUUGUUUGACCCCUCAGAAUUACUCCUCCUCAUAGAAAUAAACGUUAAAUUAACAAGUUACCUUUUUGUGUGUGUGUGUUCUUCACUCCCCUUCAAAACAGUGACCAGCGUACAUGCCCCCUUUCAAUGCAGUGACGAGCGUACAUGCCCCUUACAAUGUAGCGGACGGGCGGGCGGGAAGGUGACGUUGGGACGGUGCGUGACUAACGCACGCCCCCCCCCAUGCGACGUCACAGCCAGUACAGCACCCGCCACAGUGGGGAGUGUCGGGGCGCACAAUGCACCUCCUCCCCUCGCUAGUAUCCGCCCCAGAGCCGCGACAAAGAUGUAAAAGAGCCACAUGCGGCUCCGGAGCCGCGGGUUGCAGACCCCUGGUGUGGGUAAAAUCAAAUGAAGCAAAACUGCAACGUAUGUUGAAUUUGCAUUGCUUUGCUCAGAGUCCCCCCAACCACCAUCAAGUUAAAGUUUGCAUUGGCACAGUAGAAACCACAGAUUUGGUGCUUGCAAGCACCACAAAACAGGUGCCUGCUCUAUAUCCCCACCCCACCUGACUCCUGCAGCACUCCCCCUUCUUCCCUUGACUCCCCCCCCCCCAUUUUCAUCACUCUGCUUUCUGUUCACCUGGCCAGGCGCUGUUCUGAACCUUAAGAAUCAUAUAGAGGUGAAAGAGCAUCACUUUGUCUCGAUUCUUCAUUCAACUCUACCUUUCUAAGAGGAAAAGAAGGUAAUUGCCCAUACUCUCUCUCGGGACAAAGGUUGCAGUGUGAGAGGGUGGGGUCUUGGAUUUUUUGUGAAAGCGAUGGCUUCAAGGGUUCCAUUGCAUGCACCACUGUCAUGCUGGCAACCUCAGAUCUAAAGUGACUUCAUUUGGAGUGCUAAAUAGGCCUAUUAGUUAUCAUUGCCUGCUAAGAAUGUGCACGGUACCACAGCUGCCUAUUUCUGAAAAAGCAUCGAGGCAGGAUGCUUUUUCAGGAAGCUUGCCCAUCACUUUUACUGAUCUUACUGCGGUAUCCCAGUAAGCAUCAAGCUUCAUAGCUCAGUCUUUCUUAACUACUACAUUGUGCUACCGUUAGCUGCCUUAAAACUUGGGAAUCCUGAAAGCUCAGUAGGUUUUGGGUUCUUCCCUGUUGUUAGCCAAUUAAUUCUAGGCAUGAGCAUUGUUUCUUUGCCAGUAACAGCAUCCACUGCUGUAGGGGAACUUGGUCUAUCCAGUGUCAAUGUGAUAGGUGAUCUUUUGUCUAUCCUGUUGUAUGAAAACAAUGGUGGUCUUUAUGUACAGAGCUGACAUCAUGGCUUCAAAUUCGGGAAUUGUCCCUGAUGAUGGUGAGAGCAGCAAGAAUCCUACACUGGAGAGAUGCCUCAACGUGCUUAGAGAUGCAAGCAAUGAUAGCGAACAGUUUGCUGCUCUACUUCUGGUAAGAAUAUGGCCUUGCACUGGCAGGAAUAGACUGCUUUGGAAGCAAAUUUGGGAAUGAAGAUAAGCUUUUUGAAUCCAGCUAUUCAUGGUAGCUGGCUAACUGGGUGAGUGAUCAGUAGUUUUCUACCUGUAAAAUGACAGUCAUAAUUACUAAUAAUUGCUUAAGAUAAGGACUUGGGCUAGAUAAUAGCAUCCACUCUUGUCCUGUAGACUUAAGAUGGACACAGAUCCUUGUAACAAGGAAAGAGCAAAGCCUUCCAUGUCUGUGGCAUGCAAGAGGAACUUAGGGAGGGGGAGACCUAGUAAGCAAUUAUAGCUGAGGAAGGGAAACUGCUAGCUCAGUCAAGCCAUGUCACAAAACUGCACGCUUCUGAUGCCUCCUGAUUUUAUCCUUCAGGUGACCAAAGCAGCAAAAGCUGGAGAAAUCAAUUCCAAAACCCGCCGGAGGAUCUUUGACGCGGUUGGUUUCACAUUCCCAAACAGGCUUCUGACGUCUAAGGAUGCCCCUGAGGGCUGUACACAGCACACAUUCCAAGCCCUGGGCCUCACCCUGUUGGCCUGCUUCUGCACCGAUCCAGAUUUAGCUCGGCAUCCCCAGGUCCUUAACAAAAUCCCGGUUUUCAAUGAUGUGAUUUCAACUUGCAAGCCAGGAGAUGCUUCCUGUAAUGCCAUGAUUGAUGAUGCUUAUCAGUGCCUCAGGGCUAUCAUGGCCACUCCAAAGGGUCCCAGAGAGUUGGUGAACAGGGGCACUGUCCCAGCACUGUGCAGGGCGUAUGUGAAGCAUGGCUAUGGCUUUGAUCAGGCCUUUAAGCUGCUUGUGGGGCUUCUGAUUGCAGCCGAAGCAAAGUGCUGGCAGAGAGCCACUGUUGACCUCAUGGGGGUGCUGAACGUACUUAGUCUAGAAUUCCAGAAGGCUGAAGACAUGACCAAAUUCCAGCUGUGUGAAGUGCUGCCCCGCUUCAUCCCUCCCCUUCUCUCGCCCAACGCCGAAUGCCUCCUGCCCCUUUACCGAGGCCUGGCUAGCAUCCUGACCAGCAAGCUGAGCACUUCCCAGCGGGACCCUGCCUUGAAGCUGGCAGCCUGCCUGUCACAAGCCUGUGGCUCAGAGUGGAUCCAAGGAGGGGGUGCUGGCAGCAAGUUCUUUGCCUUGCUGUCCAACCUGGCAUGUGUCGAAGUCCGCCUGACUCUGGAGGAGCUGGAUCUGGCAGAGGUGGACAAGAAGCAGGAACUGAUGGCUGCUUGCUACGUUCUGAUGGAGACGGCAAUUGUGGAGUGCACAAAAGAGAAAGGUUCUUUGCUGCUGGAGACGCAGAAAGUGCAGCUGGUGGGGAUCCUGGAGGAAGCCUUCGGGGCUGUCAUACACUACUUGAGACAGGUAUAGUAAGACUCCCAAAAUCUUCCAAUCUUAUAAGGCUGCCUCCCUCAGGAGUUCAGGAAGCAGUUAACAGUCUUACCUUUAUGAGGGUCCGAGGCUGUCAACUGUGCCAGGUUGGUAGGAGUCAUCUGGUGUCCAAGUGAGGCAAUUCUUGUGGGUAGGAAGCCCAAACUAGUAUUGAGGGAAAUGAACCAUAGUACAGGACAAGGAGCAGAGGAGGAAAGGGGGAGAUAGAAAUGGCGUCCCUGGACUAAAUGAAAAUGUGGAAGUUCUGAAUAACACAGCAGGGCAAAGAGCUCUGAAACGGGGGCUGCCUUAACUUUUGUUUAUGUAGGGAAGACUGAACUGGGAGCCAAUCAAGGCCUUUGAAAUCCAUCAAGGAUGGUAGAAAAGGUGGAAAGAAUCUACUGCUUCCCCAGAUUGCUGUUUUGGCCAAGUAGCUGAAGUGCUUGUGGUCCUGCAGGCUCUGCGGCUUAUCAGCUUGGAUUUAACAGAUGGUACAUGCUCACUUUCCUUUGUCUGGCUCACAAUGUCACUCAUCCCAGCCUCACUGAUUUACAACAUGUUUGUGACUGCUUUCUCUGUCCCACAGGUAGGGCGAAAGAAGCUGGACGACCCUUUCAUCUUUGCCUCUGUUCGAAUCCUUGGGGCCUGGCUGGCUGAAGAGACAUCUUCCCUCAAGCAAGAGAUCUGUGACCUUCUGCCUUUCCUCAUCUACUAUGCCAAGAUGCGGUUUGAGGAGGAGAAGAGAGUCAGAAGUAGUUUGCAACAGGAGGCAGAGCAGGCUGGGCAAAGCAGCAUCCAGCCUCCUGUUUGGCAAGGAGAUGCUAUAAGGUAAAUUACAGCGUUGGGUGUUGAAAUAUGUUGUUUUGCUGCUUUAUGCCUUCUAGAUUCCAGUUUGGGAAUCAGAACCACUUUAGGUUUAUUCUGCUUAAACACUUCUAAUGAUGAGCUGAGGAUCAGGAGCAUUCUGGCUGGAGUUUCAGCUUGGACAUUAAAGUCCUUGAGGGGCCUUAGGCAAACCUCUGCCUCGCUGAUACACUGAUAAAAUUCUGCGCUGUUACAUUUUUGGAAACGUUCUUCACAGAAUAGAAUUGUAGACUUGGAAGGGACCCUACGAGUCAUCUGGUCCAACCGCCUGCAAUGCAAGAAUCUCAACUAAAGCAUAAUAUGAAGCUUUUCUUUUGUCAUCUUAGUUAUCAGUGUGGAAAUGACUUGGACUAGAUUCCAUCUUGGGGUGGCAGCUUACUCUCCUCCGGAGAUAAGAGGUGUAGAGUUUUUACAGGGGUCUUAUAUUGCCACCAGGGCUCUUUUUUAAACAUUUACAUGAAACUGUGGGGGAGAGUGUUGAUGACUCCCAGUGCUGCAUAUUUUAGCUAGGCAACCAAGAGCAACAGCAGUGGCUGUGAUCAGUUGGAUACAGGCAGGGAAACUGAGGCUGAAUUCCAGGCAAGACAGAAGUGAUGCUAAUUGGAAGCCCAAGUAUUUGAUAGCAGUAGAUUUAUUGUUGUUGCAAUUAGCGUGUAUAAAACUUAGCAGUUAACAGGAUUCCUUCAGCAGUGCUGCCCCCUUCCCCUCUACCCUGGACCAGGAUGCUGUUGAGGGUAAGCUGCUUACUUGCCAAGCCUUCUUGUCUAUCUAAGGCAGCUUCUGGCCACCCAUCAGCAAUGGCAUGAUGAGCACUAGAAAGGCUUAUGCAACAGCUCUUACUGAUGGUUUCUAAUCCCGAGACCAUGUGGGAACAGCAUUUGUUCGUGGGCGCCUGACUAUAGCACAAAGGUUCCCAAGUGAGUCAUCUGUGUUCCCUGGAGAACUCUUUGCAACCUUCCUGAUGUGGAAUGGCAUUACAAGCUUGGGUCUGGAAAAAUCAACCCAUCAAUAUUGACUCCUGUGAUUCAGUUUACUUUGAGUUCACUCUCUCUGCUUGCUUUUCUUUUCUUUCCUUUCCUUUCCUUUCCUUUCCUUUCCUUUCCUUUCCUUUCCUUUCUUCCUCUUUUCACCAGUCUCUCAGCUCUGAGGUUGGUUUUGUUGGAUAUGUAGGAUCAGGAGCCAUGUAGGAACAGCUUCCAGGAUGCAAAUCCACCUUGAUUUUAAAUAUGCAAAGUUCCAUCAAGUUCCUUUGUUCCCAUCUUUUAAGCAACAAAGGCUGGUUCAUUAAGGCAAAUGGGGCACUGCCCCACCAACUUCAGCCUGCCCCAUAGCCAGUCCUGCCUGCCUUCUUACUUAACAGCACUGGUUGUCGGCUUCCUCCUUCUUAGCCUCAGUGCUGUCACACCAUAUAUACUUCAGCAGGGGGCAAACCUGGAAUUAGUUGGCUCUGGCCUCGCUUGCUGUUGAUUAUCCUCCCUUCUAUCCUAUCAGUCCCAAUGAUCACCAACUUCCACUCUAGUGGGACCAGUAAUAAAAGCUGUGGGAAGGCCAGACCACCAAUAAGCUUCUUGAGUUGAAACCAGCCCUUCAGCUGCGGUCAGCUGUGUCACUUGAGAACCAAAGGUAGGAUGUGGUCCUGGCUCUGUUAAGGAUUGGGCACGGAGUCCCUACCAAUUAGCAUCAAAGGAGGGGAGAGAAGACCCAACCAUGUGCAGCCUUGUCAUGUUCCCCGACUGUUAAAACAGGUCUUGCUGGAGUAUGUGUGAUUCCCAGCAGUCACUGCAUACCCAGUCCCCUCCUCCAAAAUUGGUCUCCAUCCUGGGUGACCUAUAACCUUUAACCAGGUUCCUGAGCUCCCUUGUAUGGCUGUACUCUUCUAAGAAUGUUUGAAUUGUUUGGAGCCGGUCCGCGCUCCUGCAUUUUACAAUAAGGCUAUAAUGUGUAGUGUAAUACUGCCUAGCUGCUGCAGUGUCACGAGCUACAGUACACCUACCUGCCAUCUGCUUAGGUGGCGAGGCAGGGGUAUGGAGCGGUGCCUCUGGUAGUUGUCCCAGUUCUGUGCAACUACCUCUCCCUUCAUUCUGUUAGGACUUACAUAAUUUCCUCCUUAAAAAAAAAAAAAAUCAGGACUUUGACUAGUGUAAGAAAGGAGCCAGGGGUAUCUAAGGCUAACUUUAUAAACCUGUCCUCCUGCGGUCUGUUAUUAUGUGUUAAUCAUUGUGGGCUGCCCGGAAAAGAAAAGAAAGACUUAGGAAAGACUGGGUACAAAUGCUUUCAAGAAACAAACUUUAUGGGAUAAACAAGACAAAAUGCCCAGACCCCAUUAUAAUAAGCAGUCUGAACAUUUGAACAUUUCAGAUCUUACUGUGAUAUUUAAUUUCCCACCCCUAGUCAUGUUUUCUCAAAUAUAAUGAGAGGGACCCCAUUAUUGGUCAGAUUGGCAGAAGGUGCAGCAGGGUCUCAUUACUUUGUGCAAAAAUUGUUGGGCCUUUUUUUGAAUAUAUUCAGCAGUAGGCAGUGCUAGGGUAUGGCAUUGGGCUGGCUGUUGAGCUGACCUAGGGUGGCAGUUCUUCAGCAGCAAAUCUUUUGUAACUGGCUUGGGUUUUUUACUAUAGAAAAUCCAUAUUCCAGGUUGAAAUGCAUUUUAAUCUCACCAUGGUCAUAACAACUUCCUUGUUAAACUUUGCUGUCAGAAGCUUGAGGCCAUGGACUAUCUAGUUAGUGGUUUUUGUAAGCUGCUCGAGGGACUUUUUUGUCUUAAGAGCUUGGGUAUAUAAAUGUUUUAAAUAAAUGGGAAAAGCCCUCUGCCUUUAACUUAGUUCCAGCAUUUCCAUGUCCCCUUUCAGAUUCCUCUUACCUGGCUUAAGCCACUUGACUGCAGAGGAUCGACCCCGUGGAAUCCUCAUUUCAGAGGGCGCGCCAGUACUCCUGUGCCAAUAUUUCUUGUACCGGUGGGAGAUAUUUGUUUCAAAUACAGAUACCCUGACUACAUCGACUACUGUGGAAACCAGCCUUCAGACGUGUUGUGAAAUUUUCCUUAAUUUGGUUGUGACUGCUCCAGAUUUAAUCAGGUAAUGGGUAGAGGAGGAAUGCAAAUGAGUUAACGACACCUUAACAUGUUACAGAGGCAAACCUCUGUUUCGAAAUGCAGACUUCUUAUUCACAUAUUUUUAAAAAUAUGUUAUAAUUUUAAUAUGUAUAAUAAUUUUUGUAAUACAAAAUGAAGAGCAUGAAAUAUAAUACUUUAAAUAUUCAUCGAGUGCUCGCUCAAUGAAUUUCUUUAGUAAGAGAUGUACACCUAAAAAUGUAACAAAUGAAUUCACACAUGACUGAGGAAAUCAUGGUUUAAUUCUUCACCCAGGGUUUAAAUCCCCACUCAAGUUAUGAAACUCAAAGGGUCCUAGCCAACCCCUCAAGCUGGUGUGGGAACAAAAAUAGAGAAGUUUAUGCACAUAACCUUGAGUACUGUGGGUGAAGGGUGGACUGCAGAUAUGAUUAACUCAGAAAGCAUCUCGUGUUUUGCUUUCUCUCUCUCUCUCACCUGCAGCCGAGAAGAUUGCUUUGCGACCUUGAUGGACACAUUGCUGAAGUCCCUUCCUUCUCUGCUGCCACAGAGAGAACAUCUCGGCCUGACAGCCAAUGUGGCAACACUGGGACUCAUGAUGUCCAAGAGGCUGUUUGCUUACCCAGGCAAGAAAUAGCGCUGUCAGCUUCCACUGCCAAAACUGAGUAGGAAGUCAACAAAAUGUAACCAUGCCCUAGUUUUUCUUCAGCGGCAAAUCUGUUGCUAGGCUGUACCUCUUCAGAGUGCAGGUGUGUGCCCACAUGACCUGAAUGCUGUCUUUACAAAACAAAAGGCCAAAACCCUUUCAUGUAGAAAACCAGCACAUCAUAAGAGAAGGGUUCUAGCCAAACCUCCUCCCUGAUGCACUCGUUUUUCACUGUGGGGGGAUUAUUUUGGGUUUUUUUGUUUUUGCAUAGAACAGCAUGCGAGCACCCCUGCAGUAGCCUGAAGUGGUAUAGCCCAGGCACAGGUUUAUUAGCUCAGUGAAAGCUAGGCCUGUGUGGGCAGACAAGUGGUUCAUUACCAUCCAUCUCCAUGGCAACUCCGUAUAGUAUCGUUUUCUUUCUUGAGUUGCCCAACAUGAGACUCUCUCUUUCCUCCUCCACUACCCUCCCGAGUUGGGAAUUGACAAACAGUGCGCUCUAAUUAUAUGGGGAGUCAAAUGAGAAGGAAAAGAGCUGGGAUGAGAGGGUGCAAGCAAGAGAAGCCUCACAGAGGCAGUUCCCUCAGAAUAAGCUGCUGAUCACUCAGCACAGCAAGUGGCCCAAAGCCCACACAGCCAUCCCAGUUGGGCUAAUUAAAAUGUACUUAUUUUAAGUAUUAAGCUUGUGUCUUUCCCUCCUCCGAAAAACUAGGCGUAAUGCACAUGGAGGUGCUAGCCCAUUCUGUCCUUGCAGCAGCACUGUGAGGUAAAUUAAGCUGGAAAAGAGCAGCUUGUCCCAGGGGUGAUGCCGCCCGGCGGGUACUGGGUGGGGGCGGGUCGUGCGGAGGGCUAUCUCUGCGCUUGCUCAUCCCACCCCCGGCCUGGCUGCUAGGCAGGGGCUGAGGUGUGCAGAGAGUGCACAGCAGUGUCAGGGGGUGAUGGCCCCCUCAAUAUUGGGGGAGCUGAAGCCCCCUCCUCCUAUACCCGGCGCCACUGGCUAGUCCUGAGGUCAGGCAGUGAGAGUCAUGGCUGAGUCUGGCCCCAGGCCUCCCAGGCAAAAGGCUGGGACUGCAUCUUACAAUGGUGAACCCUGUUAUGACACUGAAUGUACUCCUGCGAUCAGUUCUGAUUAGUGUCACCUGAAAAGGGAGGGGGUGGCAUACCACUUCUUGCCCUAUUCUGGAAACAGUUUUGAAAACUGACCAAGGAAGGGGUCAUGGGGGGGGGGGGGACUCAGGUCUCUUCUUUGUACUGGCCUGGCUCAAGUUAAAAUAUUCCUAGAGGGGUUUCAGCCUGAGGAAGUAGUAGGAAGGCAAUGUCAUAAGAACCUAAGAAGAGACUGAUGGAUCAGGCCAGAAGUCCAGCAUCCAAGCCACACAUAGGCCGACCAGGCACCUGUGGGAAACCAACAAGCAGAAUUCAAGCACAAGACCCCUCUCCCUUCCUGCGGCUUCCAUCAGCUGGUAUUCAGAAGCAUUUCUGCCCCCACUGUGGAGGCAGAGUAUAGCCAUCCUGGCUGAUAUCCAUUGAUAGCACUCCUCCAUGAAUUUGCCUAAUCCUCUUUUGAAGCCAUGCAAGUCUGUGACCAUCACUGCUUCCUGUACCUGCCCAGACCUUGGAAGGAAGCACAUGUUGUUGGUGAAUGCCCACAUUACCUCUCUUUCUCUCUCUUUUUUCUCCCUUUCUCUUCCUCUUCCUCUCUUUUUCACUCAGGUCUGCAGGGGACUCCAGAAUCUGAGGGCUUCUUUGAUGCUGCCAUCCGCUUCCUGGCAGAAGCCCACGUGGCCCAGACUGACCUCGAUGGGGAGAAGGUGACCAUGAGCGUUUCUCCAACCUAUAAGGCGGCCUGGCCAGCCAUCCGUGAGUUGUGGUUUCUGGGCAUGCAGGCUUUCGCUAGCUGCGUGCCCCUCUUCCUGUGGCUGCCGCAGGAUGUCCUGCGCUCCGGCUGGCUUCAGGAGCUGCUGGCCUUGCUGGGCCGUGUGGCGCCGUCGUCCGUAGACUUGGAAGUUGUCCGUGCUUUCCAAGGCAUCCUGGUGGAGCUGGCCCGAGCUAGCCAGCCGUGUUUGGAGAUGAUCCAACAGCACCGGGGUUUGGAAAUGGCCAGCCUGUAUGGCAUGGCUGCCUUGGAACAAUGUCUCUCUGAGCAGUGAGCAGUGCUCAGAACACGUUGUGGUCGGGUGGGGGGAAAUGUUUUCCCUGAAGCAGUUUUUUAUCAUCCUGUUUCAUGCAGAUGGAUGAUCUUCUUAAUCAGUAGGGCAUGGGAUGUGUCGGGCACCUCUUCCCAGAUGGCUGCACAAAGUUUUAAAACAAAAUAUGAUGUCUCAUAAAGCAUGUGUCCUAGCUCUCUGUGAUAUCGUAGAGUAACAUGAAACAAUUGCACAAAUGUAUGCCAGUGCACGUUAGUGCUGUUCAGUUGACUCUAAUGCACUGUGGAAAAAGCUAGUUUUCCUCUAGAGGGGAGAGUAAACAAAUGCUAAAGGAACUUUGGUGGCAUUCUAGCGUGGAAGGGAAGGAAUGUUUUUAACUAUGUAUAGUGAUUGUUUCCAAGGUGUCCUUUUGCUACCUUAAUCAGGCUUCAGGGUAGACUUAAGUAAUGCACUUAUGAAGGGCAUACUGGAUAGACUUCUGGCCAUCUAAUUAUUGAUUACCUCAGGACUGUGCCAUUGUUGGAGCUCUUUUCUUGAGGAUACUAUUUAUUUACCUAUUUAUUUAUUUAUUUGAAUAUUCAAUUUUUAAGGAUACAAAUUCUUCCUAGGCAGCUUACACGUAACAUUGAAGUAUAUUGAUAAAAUCACAGUGAAACAGUAUUGAAUAACAUACAAGCCUUUGGGAUCCUUCCCACAUGGUAGCUGAUGUCUUUAUUUAAUAAAUUUGUACCUGCCUUUCUGGACAAAACAAAACAAAACACCAAGGUGGCUUACAAUUUUUUUAAAAAAGCAGGGACAGUUUAAAUGUGAUUAAAACAAUUGGGGAGGGAGGAAGUUCACUCUGUGGACUGGAGUGACGACAUCCCUAGUUGGAGCAGGACCAAGGUCUCCUUUGCUUGCCUGCCUGCUCCCACAUGGCUGCUGGCAUUAGAUGGCCCUGUGGGGGGAGAUGGGGCAGGCAAUGAGGGGGAGGGUGCAAACUAUUUUGCUGUUAAAAAUAAUUGACUCCCUUUUGAAUCAACUGCAUUUCAAGGAAGAGGGAUUUCCGGGGCCAAAUAUAUAGUAUUGGGAUCUGUACUCUCCGGAGUGUUAAAUGUUUGCUUGUUUUUCGCUUCUCUGUAUUACUCCGCAUGUAGGCUCUUGCAUGCAGCCAGUAAAUAUUAUGUUCAUGAGUUGGAGGCUGGAUUAGCCCCUGAAGCUGUGGCCUUGGCUUAAUAUCUUGGUGUUUACAGUUCAGUAAAUAAAAGUGCUUUGUCUUGUAAUAAA